AUGGUCCAGACUAACAGAAAGAAGGAGGAGGUGCGUGCCGAGAGGUUGCGGAAAUUCCCACAGACCGAGAGACUACGAAAGAAUGCGCUAAUAAAGAAGCGUGAGGGGCGGGUUCUCAAUGCGGCGGAAAAACACGCGAUGAAGAUGACCUCCGAGUACGGGGAGAUCGUUCGUCUAUGGGAGGUGUUGCGAGUGUCGACUGAUCCCGCAGCGAAGGAUGAGAUGACCAAAAGCGUGGGAGAGAGAAAGGCGGAGCGGUACGAACACAAGUAUCCAACGGUGGAUCUCCUCCUGAAGCUUAUUGAGCCAAAGUUCGCCAUCUAUGCGAAGACACCUCGGGUGAGUCGUGUCAUACAGUCGAUGAUUAAAUACGCCUCGUUGACGCAGCUGGAGCGUCUCCUCGCGCUGGUUUCAGAGUCUUUUGUGGAUCAUGCAACCGACGCCUACGGCCAUUUUGUGGUGAUCGCGUUGAUCCGUCACGCCCCACAUAGCUUUCUCGACAAGUUGCUCACACUCAUCAUUCCGGCGGUACCGACGCUGGUGUCGCAUCGCUUUGGCGUCGAGGUUCUUCAUGCGGCAUACAGCAACCGUCUCUGUACCUCUACCAAUCGCCAUAUUCUUAUCCUAGCAGCCCUGAAAGACAACGUUGCCGUAAUGAAGCGGUGGAAAGGGUACCCUGUUUUGGAGGAUGUGCUGCAGCAAGAAGUGGCGCAGCAGAAGCGUCUGCUUUCUAGACUUUUUGAGCUGUGUGACAAGCUUGUCUCGCAGAAGGGUGCUGCCAACUACCCUUUUGCACAACGCUUGGUUGCUGCCUACCUCAAGCGUGGGAGAAAGGAUGAAGUGGCCGAGUUGUGCGAUACGCUUCGGCCGCAUUUGGCGGCUUUGUGCACCACACGCGAGGGGGCUCCGAUUGUGACGACUGUCUUCUCUCUCAUUGAGCCCAAAAAACGCAAGGAAGUGCUGCGUGCUCUCUCCGAGAACCUUGGCAGCUUUGCGGUAGACAAGUACGGUGCACCCGCUGUCGCACGCCUCUUUGACCUCGUCUACGACGUUCAAUUGCUACGCAAGUACGUCGUAAACGACUUGGAGGCACACCUCACGCAAGUUAUCAACAGCCCCUUUGGGCAUCAGAUCGUACUGCACCUUCUCACGCCGCAUUUGGAACGAAAGAAUAAAUUUCUUCUUCCUAACUGGUUCCAACACAACUUGUUUUCGAUAGAGAACAAGGAAUGGAAUCGUCACACAUGGCUCACGCAUGAGUACGAGGAAGAGACAGUGGAGAUAUGCUCCAAGCAUGCCAUGACAACUCAUCUAUUGGUGUUGCCUUCCAUUGUGAGAAAAUUCAUUGAAGUUGUCUCUGACCCCGAGAGAGGAUCCGCGCUGAACAAGCACUACGCUGGACUAAUUUCACGAGAGGUGCUGCUUGUCAAUGAGGCGGUGGAUGACUACAGAGCGGCACUCCAGCUAUCAAAGGAGGAUAUACAACUGCUCACACGGUUGACACCUGCAAUGGAGCAGAAGAAACGGUUACGUGACGAUGACGACGAUUGCGUGGCCCGUGAACCCUCACCAGGGUGCACCGAAAAAGCCAAGCAGGCUGACAAACCUACAGGCGCAGUAAAAAAGCGUGUUGGUUCUCGGGUGGCACAGGAAGACCACAGAAACACCUUGACCUGCGAGAAGAAGCUAAAGUCUGCGAAAAAGAGUACCAAAUUGGGAAAAGGCAGCACGAAGGCAGGGCACACAAGGUAG